AUGGUUCCCGAAACUCAACCGACACCACCACCACCACAAAGACGUAAAGGGGAAAAACAAGUGCGCAAGGGUGUCGCACAACCAGGGAGACAAAAGCCGACACUAUGGGUUCCACACGAAGAACUAGUUUUGGUCAAAGCUUGGGUUGAUAUUUCUGAAGAUUCGAUUCAGGGAAACGCACAACCGGGAGAACAUUUUUGGUUUCGUAUUUUAGAACGAUUUCGAGAGGAGCUAGGAAAAUGUGACGACUACCGUACGAAACAUCAACUUAACUCGAAGUUUCGAGAAAUAGCAAGGGGGGUUUCAAAAAUUAACUGGUUGUACAACAACCUAAAAACCCAACGAAAAAGCGGCCAAGGCGACGAAGAAAUACUUCAAGAAACGUUACAGUUUUACCUUGAGGAAGUCGGAAAACCAUUCAAGUGGCACGAUUGUUGGAAAUUAUUGGUCCGAAGUCCUAGGUGGAUAACAUACGAGCGAGAUUUUAUUUUUGGAGUCCAACAAUCAAAACGAACGAAAACGGGCUCUAAUGGUUACACAACCUCCUCCGAUGCUCGAGUCGGUCAAGAUUUAAAUCAGGACGACGAACUCGAGCUAGAAGAAAUUGAACGCCCAAUGGGUAGGGACAAAGCGAAGAGAAAGGGAAAAGGGACUUCUUCGAGUGCAUCUGAUUUUAGCGUGGACAUUGACGAAAUGCGGAAGAUAACAUCGUCGUUUGAUCGAUAUAAUCUAAAUUUCUCCGAACGUUUGACUUUCGACAAAGAGAAAGAAGAAACAAGGAAAAAUGAGCGGGCGUAG